CCGGUACCGGUCCGGUGACAGACUGUCCGCCCGUAGACUUUCAGCUCCUGAAAGGACAUCAGAUGGAGGACAGCGGAGGAACGGACAUAAAACAUCUUGAAGGAGGAGAAGAGCUGAAAAAGCCUGCCAUGGUGGAGUCAAGUACCUUGCAGUGGUCUGAGGACAGAAAGUCGAGGGGAGAGACAGAUGGACAGGCAAGGGGACAGAGCAAUAAAGGAGACAGGGUAAGUUUGAGGUCAGAUCUGUCUCUCCGUGAGGCAUCCAGCUGGACAGAAAGUGAGCGAGAGCUGAAGGUAGGAGGUAGGAGAGCAGGUGGGGCAGAAAAAGGGGCGGGGCUUACAGCUGAGGGGUUGAAUUAUCUGAAGAUGGAAGAGGAAGCUGAUGGGAACCAACUUCCAGAGAAAGCAGCUCAGGUGUUCAGUCCUGCUGUGACUGUCCUACCCGACCCCUCCUUACCCAAAGACACUGACGGAUUAUGGGAAAUGAUCUCAGAGAAGAGUCCCUUCUUGGUUCCUUCCGAAGUGGACUACAACCAACAUGGCUUCCAGUUUGAGUAUCCGGAGUACAAGCCCUCUUCCACCUGUGAUCAGAGCUGUUCAAACAAAGAUGCCCUGAAGUUGGGUGUGUCCUUGAUAACAUCAGCGCUCCUCUUUCCUUUACUGGUGUGGGGAGGGUAUGUCUUCCUGCCAUUUGAUGCCCCCCUGUUGGAUGGCGCCCCCCUCAGGCUGGUCUACACUCUGCGCUGCUCUGUGUUCGCUGCCGUCCCCAUCGUCCUCGGUUGGCUGGUUCUGGGGGUCAGCCGACUACGCUCGGGUGCAACUCAGCCAGUCACUGGGGAGGAUGUAGAGGAGGCGGAGCUUCAGGAGGUCACUGUCCACCGGCGCUUCAUCUCUGACUCCGCCUCCCUUUUCCUGAUCUACUUCCUGCAGCUGGUUGUCUUGGCGAUGUACCUGAGCCAGGAGCAGCUGAAGCUUGUCCCUCUGCUUACCAUCGUCUUUGCCUUUGGACGGCUGGCAUACUGGGUGGCAGCAGCAUUCGGCAGCACCAUUCGUGGUUUUGGUUUCGGGCUGUCCUUCCUGCCAAGCGUUGCUAUGAUGGUGGCGAACUUCUACUUCAUCUUCACAGUGGAGGCUGCCGGGUCCGUCUUCAGCAUCUCCUCUGCACCGGAUGAGAUGUCGCCGUCGCCCAGCGGCAAGCAGAGAUUCUGGGGAUGAGACCUAAUCAGGAAAAAUUACUGCUGAUAAUACCUAAACCUGAUCAGUUUUCACUUUAAAGUUUUUAAGUUCUGGGUUUAAAAGUUAAGGUCUGUAGUUUGAGGUGAAACUGGAUGCUCCACCCACCUCCUUGAUGUUUCUUAGUUUUUUGUGAAAGUUUCGUUUUCAGAGCUUUUAUUUUGUAUUAACCAGACAGCUUCCUCCACAUUAUUCAACUGUUGGUUUUGUAAAAUAUUAAUUAAAUAAAUUUUUUUGUCAGGAAAUGUUUUCGUAGUUUAGCUUUCUAUAAUUUCACAAAGGUUUCACAAUAAAAGCAUAAAAUCCA